AUGAAUUGGCAAUUACUACCACAAAAAAAGCGGCCGUCCUCGCCCUAUCAAGAUAAGGGCGCAACAAAAAGUAUUCAAAAAAGAUGCCGAAGAACGGAGGAGAAGCACGGUUUUGCAGAUGAUAUAGUAUUCGAGAUACUGACAUGGCUGCCAGCUAAAUGUCUCAUGCGAUUCAGGUGUGUUUCUAAAGCUUGGAACAGGUUGACACGACAUGAUUCCAACUUUGUCAAGUCGCACAGUGCUCGUUCUCAAGCCCGUCCCUCAGCUACCUGCCUCUUAUUUGAAAUACAAAUAUACCAUGGUGCACUUGUUGAAAGCACUUCUAAUUCCCCAACACGGUUAGAAGGAUUAUAUUUACAAUUUGUGCGUCCUCAUUCUCAUCUCAACACAAGGGAUUACUUUAUUCGCUCAAAUCAUUGCAAUGGCCUUGUUUGUCUCUUUAGCCGUAAAGAUAAGCAAGUUUACUUGUAUAAUGUCACCACAUGGGAGAUAAAGGUUUUGCCAUUCUCUGUGAGCAGUCCAAAAGGAUGCCUUCCUCAGUUGUUUUUGGGAUUUGAUCUAAAUACGGAGAAAUAUAAAUUUCUUCAUGUUGUUCGCUAUGAGAACAAACAACAUGAGAUUGAGAUUCUAACUCUAGGAACCAAUUCUUGGAGAAGAAUCGACGAAAAGUGUCAAAAUUAUAACUUCGCUUUACAGUAUUCUAUGGAUUGUAUCUUCCUCAAUGGGAUGCUUUAUUGGACUCGUAAUCCAGAUACUAUCACCUACUUCAACUUCAGAGAGGAGAAAUUUGGAACUGUUUCAAUCCCACAAAGCUGCUAUUUAAUAGAAAUGGAUAAAAUGCAAACUGCACUGCGGGGAAAGCUUGUUGUGUACUGUCAUUUUGGAAUUAAUGAAGGAUGUGAUUUGGCAUACAAUGAAGUCAACAAAGUUUUUAUGAAAUUUAAUAAUCCCGAUUUGGAGAAGAAGAAGGUUGUCUUGCUUGAAGCAGAAAACAUUAAUGAGAUAACAUAUUAUGCAAACUUAGUUUUAGCAACAACGAGCUUUAUUAGCGCCUCAACUUUCUUUGGUAUUCCCAAAUCAUACUCGGUUAGAAGGGGUUAG